CGGCGUAACUGAAUGUCCAAUUGAAGCUGAUUGGGUUUCCGGCAAGCAUCUGUCUUUUUAGAGUCCACUGUUAUUUAAUGGCGGACGUCCUUUUACUUGCAGUAAUCAAAAAACUGUAAAUUUAGUGGAUAAAACAUAGUGAAAUGAGUCUAUCAGCCGCGCGCCCGCUCGUAACCGUUUAUUCGGAGAAAAACGAGCCUGUUAAGGAUACGAGCAUCUGCCUCCCAGCAGUUUUCAAGGCUCCCAUUCGCCCAGAUGUCGUGAAUGAAGUGCAUCAGUUGGUGCGCCGCAAUCGCCGACAACCCUAUGCGGUGAGCGAACAAGCAGGUCACCAAACCUCUGCUGAAUCAUGGGGUACCGGUCGUGCUGUCGCUCGUAUCCCCCGUGUCCGAGGUGGCGGUACUCAUCGUUCCGGCCAGGGUGCUUUCGGCAACAUGUGUCGUGGUGGUCGAAUGUUCGCCCCAACCAAGCCCUGGAGAAGGUGGCACAGGAAGAUCAACAUCAAUCUACGUCGCUACGCCCUGGUUUCGGCCAUCGCAGCCUCUGGGGUGCCAGCCUUGGUGCAGUCCAAGGGCCACAUCAUUGACGGAGUUUCUGAAUUUCCCUUGGUAGUCUCCGAUGAAGUGCAAAAGCUGCAGAAGACCAAGCAAGCUGUCAUCUUUUUGAGGCGCAUGAAAAUCUGGGCCGAUAUUGAGAAGGUGUACAACUCGCAACGAUUCCGUGCUGGCCGAGGAAAAAUGCGUGAUCGCCGUCGCAUCCAAAGGUGCGGACCAUUGAUUGUCUACGCCAAGAACGAAGGUCUUCGCAAAGCGUUCCGUAACAUCCCAGGUGUCGAAACCAUGAAUGUUGAGAAGAUGAACUUGUUGAAAUUGGCUCCAGGCGGUCAUGUUGGUCGGUUUGUCAUCUGGACUGAAGCUGCCUUCAAGCGUCUCAAUGAACUUUUCGGAACAUGGAAAGAGGCAUCAACAAAGAAGAAGGGUUACAAUCUUCCACAACCAAAAAUGUCCAACACCGAUUUGUCGCGCUUGUUGAAAUCUGACGAAAUUCGCAAGGUAUUGCGCGACCCCAAGAAGAAGGUGUUCCGUCGUGUACGUCGCCUCAAUCCAUUGUCCAACACUCGUGCUCUGAUCCGAUUGAAUCCAUAUGCCGAAGUAGUGAAACGCCGUGCACUUUUGGCUGCUGAAAAGAGGAAAGUACAACGUGCCCUUGAAAACGCUAAGCGCCGCAACAUUGUUUUGUCAAAGAAUCACUUCGCUGUCAAGGCAACAAAAGUAUCUGAAAAUCGCAAGAAACAACUUGUUAAGCUUCUAGCCGAAAGGAAGAAGAAGACUGCAGCCAAAAAAGCUGCCCAGAAAAAGAAGUAAUCCCUGUAUUACGUGAUUUUAUAAAAUACAGUUAAAUAAUAAAUAA